CGUAGACUCUGCACACACAAUGCCAUCCUGCACCAUGCGUCUUUAAGAAGGCCCGACGACGAUACACCCUCCAGCGCCCCGGCCUCGACAACCCAGUGUUUCGUGCUUAUGCACAGCCCGGAUCCUUGAACUGCGAGUUUGGGCUUGCAUUGGCUUUGGCUUCUGUAGCACCAUAAUCCGAGCUGGAAUAGCAUCCACCCGCUACUCGCCAUGGUUCCUUUUCGACGCUUAUCGCAGAGGGGCCGUCGCAGCUUCGACAACCGCGACUCCUACGAAUGGCAAGACGAGCGAGACAAACGCAUCAUGACGGCCACCUUCCCCAUACACCCCCUCUCCUCCAUGCAGGCGCCCUUCGAGGAGUCGAUGCUCGACGCCACUGGCGAAACGGGGCACGUUCCCUUCGCCAUUCCCAAGAAGAGCGUUAAGACGCGACAGCAAAUGCUGUGCAGAGAGGAGAAUGCUUCUGAGCCCUCGUGGAACUUUACGUACAACUGCCACUGGAGGAAUAACGCAAAGGGCAAAUUUCAUCCCCUAACAAAGACCGUCGCGCAGAUCAUCUUCGGUGUCCACCUGCUGCAUCAGCAUCUGGAAAAGUCCGUCGCCGAUGUGGCCGACAUAUUGCUAAAGCAUGUCAACGAGCUCGACAGCUUCCUGCAGCGGGCGAAUGAAGACCUCGAAAGCAGCAUGAAGGACAUGCUCUUCCGGCAUAAAUGUCUAAAGGUGCCCAUGGAACACGUAAACGAAUUCGAUCGUCUUCUCGAAGACCGUUCAUACCGCGCCCAACUCCUCGACGGCAACAUCGUAAUCGAACGCACCAUUGGGCGCAUGUCGCAACUGCUCAACGACUACCUGAUCGAUAUCAACGUAUUUCGCGAAGCGAACCAGGAGCUCGAUCUAUACCUCGGCGAUGUAGGAGACGAAUGGACAUACCGCAAUGAGGAUAUUGGGCGCAUAUAUUCAGCCAUGUGUGGCAAUACCGGCGGCUGGUCGCAAUUCCUGCAAAGCCUCGUAGCAAAGGCGGAAAGGCUGGGUGUUGUUCUCGUACAAGUCAGCAGCUAUUGCAAUGAGAUCGAGAAGCGGUGUGGCGCUGCAAGUCGCCGAAGUUUGAUUGCGACUCGUACAUCUUCACGAAAUUCGUCUAAUUCGCGCGAGGCACGCCCAUUCCGAAACUUUGCCAACAACAAACCUCUUCCAACUCCUCCACCCGAACGUCCGCCAUUCAUGAGCGCGUCGUCAUCCGGUAGGGAGACGCCUGCCAGCUUUGGCACUCCCCAGCGACAUUCGACCUUACGAGCGAGACCGCAGCAACAGCAGCAACAGCAGCAACAGCAGCAACAGCAGCAACAGCAGCAACAGCAGCAGCAGCAACAACAACAGCAGCAGCAGCAACAGCAGCAGCACCCAGAGAUCGCGAACGCAUCCGAUUCCACCACAGAGACGCCCAAACGAAGCGAAGACUCGUCUUCCGCGUCUGCUGUUUCCAACACGGACGUCGAUAUACGACGUCAGGCAAAUCAGUCCGGGUACUACCGUGAUGCCUGGCGCAACGACGAGCAACGUGACGGAGCGACACCGCAUGCAGAGUCUAGUCGUGCAACACAUGUUCCGGGCCACCAACAUAACGUGUCUUCGCCAUCUAACCUAUCUGCAGAGGAAAGCUCAUCAGCAACAAAACGCAUGUCGGCGAAACAACAAAAUGGAGAAUACAGUCCUCCUUUGACCGGAAAAGAUUCGGCAUAUUGUUCUGUGUCGGGCGCCUCAGCCGUGUCACCGGGCUUCGCAUCGCCACGCUCCGUGUCCUCCAUGUCCUCGCGACAAACUGCCCAAUUCGGUCUUUUCCCUAGUCGAAACUUGAGUACGCCGAAGGGUUCCAUGUCUAGUCGACUAGGUGCCAGCUCUCCUACAUUCAAUCGUCCUGAGCAAACACCCAAGGCUGCGGACAUACCAAGCCGACCACCAACAUCUCUGUCUACGUUCUCAGAUGCUUCGAACAAGCGGCUUUCCAAGCGAAGUAGCUUCUCAUCUCUCAAACGGUUAUUCACCAAGAAGAAAUCUGGCGAUAUAGGUCCUAUCGCCGAGUGAUACCCUCUAGUUUGAUCUUUGUUAUCCCUUGUCCCGUCCUUGGUCCUCUUGUCUGGCGUUGCAAGGCUAUAUACCCCUUUGACUUUGCGUUUCUGUGUAUUACGCAAUCCAAAUCUCAUAGUCUCUGCUGGGGUUCUGCCCAGCGUUCUCG